AUGACGACAGCCGCCGGUGUGGCUUCUUUUCUUCUCCCGUCGUUUCUUCUUCUGCUCGGGAGCGCUCAGGCGUCUUCCGCCGCGCCGGGCUACCAGGCGAACAUGACGGGCGAGGAGGACACGUGGGCGGCGUGCUGGCCGCGGUCCUGCGCGCGCGGGGUCCUGCAGGACCUCCUGCGGCGGCGACUGCCCGCGCGCGGCGUGCGCGUCAGGCACUGCGGCCUGCGCCAAGGUCACAGCUGGGACGCCGCGGACAUCGCCUUCGCGUCGCUGCUGGGAGUCCUCUUGGUGCUUCUGGUAGCUUCCACGGCCUUCGACGUCGUGGCGACGAAGAGGAAUAUUCCAGACGAGGAGAAGGCCUGGCGCGCGUGGUUCUCGCUGGUGAAGGGCUGCAGGCAGCUGGGGGCCGCCGCCUGCCCGGGGCUGACCCUGGCCUCUGUGCACGGCCUCAGGUGCCUGCUGGCCCUGUGGGUGCUGCUGGCCAACUCUUACCGCGCCGACAGCCUCUUCCCCGCCGCCAACCCGCGCUUCUUCAGCGAGCUGGCGGGCGCGUGGUGGGGGAAGCCAAUCGCGCUCGGAGCCGGCCAGGCCGCCGACGCCUUCCUCCUGCUGAGCGGCGCGCUGGCCUGCCACUGCUUCCUGCGCGACCGCGGAGUGGACGAGACCUUCAGCCCCGCCGGCCUCUGCAAGUUCUACGCCUGCCGGCUCGUCAGGUUGACGCCGGUGUACGCCGUGGUGGUCGGGCUGCACUGCUGCCUGCUGGCGCGCCUCGGGUCCGGCCCCACGUGGGACGCCGAGGCCGGUCUGGCGCGCGACGCCUGUCGCUCCGGCUGGUGGCGCAACCUGCUCUUCGUCAACAACUACCUGCCCGGAGACCCGCAGUGCAUGGGCCAGACGUGGGCCCUGGCCGCUGACGUGCAGUUGUUCGCCCUGUCGCCGGCCGUGCUGUACCCGCUGUGGAAGUGGGCCGACCGCGGCAAGGCGGUGCUGGCGGCGUGCUCCGUCCUGGCCGUGGCGGCGCCCUUCUGGUGCACGUACGUCGCGGCCGUAUACGACCUGCGCCCGGCCAGUGCUGGCGGGACUGACGUCUUCCCUCCGCUGGAGACGUGGUCGCUGAUGAGGGCCACCCCCUACCUGGGGGGCAUCGCCCUGGGCUACGUCCUGCACUGCACCAAGUGCCCCACCAAGCUCACCAUCUGGAUCCCGAAGGCGGUGGUGGUCGGCGGCUGGCUGUGUUCGGCGCUGCUCGCGACGGCGGCGGUGCUCCUGAGCGGCGAGUACCCGCGCGCCGACUACCCCAUGACGGCGGCCUGCCUCGCCGGCCUCUGCCCGCUCGCCUGGGCGCUGGCCGUCGCCUGGUGCGUGCUCGCCUGCGAGAAGGGCUACGGAGGCUGCUUGUACGACGUGCUGUCCUGGAGGGGCUUCCAGCCGCUGGGACGCCUGUGCUACGGCGUCUUCCUCCUGCAGGACAUGCUGUUCGUGGCGCGGCGAGGUCACUCCGGGUCCUUGCAGCACUUCUCGCACUUCUCGCAGAUAGAGAGGAUUAUAGGUGACGCAGUCAUCCUACUGACGCUGUCGGCCGUGUUGUACGUCACAGUGGAGCUGCCUUCCAUCAGCUUGUGCAAGCACUUCCUCAAGCCAGCUCCCAGAAGAGGUUCCAACUCGAGUCUCUCCGGCGGGUUAGGCGGUCAGCUGGGGCUGGCCAGGAACAUACAGUUCCUGAGCAACGACAGCUUCGCCGCCAGGAAGAACCGCGGCGGUCCCGGCAGGAAGACGUCCCCCGUGACUCCGGCGACGGCCGCCGCGAGAUGA